AUGGAAUUACAGCCUUUUGGUGAUGAACAAUUGAAUUUCUUAAAGUUCGCGUCCUUGGUGUUAGAUGAAUUCCCAAAAGCCUUACGGCAGGCGUUCAAAACCAUGUGGGACAAAAAGUAUGGACAUCGCCCUGGUUUACAGCUUUGGGACGAUUCCACCAUUGUGAGAAACAUGUUUUACAUUGAGGAGGCGAAAAGUGGCAAGAAGAUUGAAGUUCCCGUCCACCAGUCUUACGAUGAAUGGGAUUGUACCAGCCUUUUCCAGGCCACCAUAUUUGCUCGAUGCUUUGCCUCAAAAGGAAGCACCCUCAAAGUUUUGUAUGCAAAGCCCCUAGCUUAUGGUAGUUUCCAUGCCUCUGUGAUAAGCUCUGGCGGAAACAAUGAGGAGACAUUUGCGCUUUCGAUUGAUCAGCUUCGUCUUCUUAGGAAUUCGCUUUGUCACUCAACCAGAUCUAAGAUGGACAAAGCGACCUUUGACCAACGCAUGAAUUACGCAAAAGAUGCGUUCCACGGCCUUGGCGUCUCAACAGCUUUAAUCGAUGCUGUUAGGAGUUUGACGGAGGCGGAUUUUCCUACAAGCAAAGUUUGUCAAUUGGAAACCCGUAUAAAAGAAGAGACUGGGAAAUACAUCAAGUUUCUUGAGGAAGUAAGCUCAGAUUUGAUUGAGAUAAAGGCGUUGUUAAGCGCUAUCAAGCGAACAGUUGGAAGUGCUGCUAAUAAAGAAGACAUCGCUAGGUUAGAGCAGAAGAUUGCAAAGCUGCAAGAAUCGCAAGAUGAAGGUGACGCUAAACCGACGGCUACAGGUAGCAUCUCAUGUUCAUUUCUUCACUGGUGA